AUUUUGCAACCAGUAGAUAAUUACAGCAAUCCCAACCUCUUCAAGCUGUCUCGGGGCUUAACUGUGACUGCAUGAAUGAAAGCAAUGGAAAACUUCUAAACUUUCCUACAAAUAUCCACCAUAGCAAAAGAAGGUGUGUGCACUGCUGCUACAGCUCAGUAAUAGAAAGUAAGAAUCAAUCAUAUCUGUCCAGAUCUUUACUUUCCCUGGUACCCUGCCACCUGCCCUCACGCAGCCUGAAAGCUGAGGGACGGACACAGCAGGAAAAGAAAGUGACCCUAAGAAGCAGGAUGAAAUGAGAUGCCAAAGAAGGGAGGAGAGUGGAAACAGGGAGGGCUGGGGCGGGACUGUUUAAUGUUCGAAAUCAGUGCCAAGCUAAAUUGGAAACAUGAGUCUGCGUACCUGGAACUUACCUCAUCCGUAUAUAAUUUGUAACCUGAGAUCCCCUCUCAGAGAAGUAAAAAUAGCAAGGCUCUCUGGCAGGUCUGUUCUCUGCACAGUAGAAGGUCAGAAUGGGGAAGGCAGGACUUGGGGAGAGCCAGAAAGCUGGGCCACAGAAUGCCCAUCAUGUGGUUUUAGCAGGCACACCUUCUCCCCUGUCUCCUUCGAUGACACAGGAAAUACAUCCCAGGAGGUGGUUUCAGGAUUCCCCUGGGGAAAGCAGGGAAGCAUGGCAAUGUGCAGGCAGACAUGGUGCUGGAGGAGCCAAGAGUUCUACAACUUUAUCAAAAACACAAAGCUAUUGAAAUUAUAUUUGUGCACAGACAAAACAGGAAAUAAUGUGACUCCAGAAGCCUCUCCAACUCUCUUGGUCUUCUAUUAAUUCUUGGACUUUCUCAUCACUAUCUUUAAAAAAAAGUCAAGUUGAAGGAGUUA